CGUUGCGUAGCAACCCUGCAUCGGGUAAAAAAUGGCGGAUUCCUUUGGAAAACUAAAACUAAAAUGGGCAUGCGGGUAUCAAGCCACUCCGCUUCAUUUUAUCUCAAGAGACGUUUUGGUCUAUAGCUCUGGAAAUAUUUUAAACUUUGUCCAGGCCAGCACCGGAGCCAGUUUGAACAGUAUCCCAAGUGAAGGGAAGGGCAUUGGCCCUAUUGCAGUCUCUAGGGAAAGUGGACUGGUUGCUUAUGCUGAGUCCAGCUUAGAGCCACUUAUAUUUGUGCUGAAAUAUCCAAAAUGUACCGUCAUUCAUUCAUUAAAAGGUGAUGCAAAAUUAGAAUAUAAGUCGAUAGCUUUCUCAAGUAAUGGACAAAAGCUGGCCAGUCUUUCUGGAAUACCUGACUUCUUGCUAACAAUAUGGAAUCUUAAAGAUGGGAUUGACUUAUGCAAGGAGGUUGUUGCUCAGAAGCUUCCAGGAGGUCACAUUACCAUAUCAUUCAAUCCUGUUAACUGGAAGCAGCUUGCACUCAUCAGUGAAGAUAGACUCUCACUUUGGAGUGUGGAGUCAUGUGAUACCCAAAUGAUCCUGACUUCAAUAUCUAUAAAUCUACCAGAAAGAUCAACACCAGUUGGUACAGUGGUUCAUGCCAAUGCUUUCCAUCAGAGUGUCACUGAUGGAGCGAAAAGAGAAGGAGGAGGAAUGAAAGAAGGAGCAACUAAUAUGUCCAAUGUUUUCUAUGAUAAGACCUAUGAUGAUAGAGUCAAAAAAUGGUAUCCAGUUAUACCUGUAUCACACGUCUGGACCAACCAGUCCAGCUUUUACAUUGGCUUUUCUGGUGGACAGAUCAUGUUGGUUGAUGUGGAGAGCUCCAGCAUGAAAAUGAUAGUAAACCAAGUUGAAGAAGUUGCUAGUACAUCUACUGUCCAUGAAGACGAUCUACCUAAGACAGCUCAUGCUGUUUUAUGUGAAGGAUCAGUGGAUUGCUUAUCAAUCUGCCCCAGGGGCUUACUCACUGCUGGAAAGGAUGGUCACAUUUACUGCUUUAACCCGUCGAAUGAUUUCCACAUUGUUGACAGUUUCAAGAUUGAUAAUCACAAUAUCGUCACAAUGUCCUGCAAUGAGUGCAUAGCAGUAGGAACAGACACUGGUAGUGCUUUCAGAUUAGAUUUAGACGAUUUCUCACAACACUCGCCAAUACUUGAAUAUGAAAGAGCACCACUUGUCGGACUGGAUGUUCUGUCACCAGGAACAAGACUAUGCAUUACAUGUAGAGAAGAUGGAUUAGUCCAAGUUUGGGACAUACUAAGAGGAGGGCACCACUUGUCCUCUCUUCACUUGAGAAGGGAUUGUACUUCUCUUGUAUGUCCAAUCAGCUCACAGACUGCUGUGGUUGGAACUAGGACUGGUCACUUGAUACUGAUCAGUUUUGCUCCUUCCAUAGACUCACCAAGACUAGUCCAUAAGAUAAGAUUAUUUAAGAAUGAGAUUGGUAAACUAAAGUGUGAUAUUCCUGGUCAUUUCAUUGCUUGCUCAAGUGCAGUUGAUAAAUCAGUCUUCAUAGUUUCGGCAACGUUUCAAAAUGGAUUUAAAGUUUUAGGGUAUACAGAUGUGUCUUCUCAAAUUCAAGACAUAUCAAUCCUACCGAAAGGCUGGUAUUUUGAUGAUGCUACACAAAUUGGUGUCCACUCAACAGCUGCUAGCCUACAUCAAGAGUCAACUUCUUCUACAACCUCUUCUUCAAGUUCAUCUUCCUCUACUUCUCUUAUAACACUGUUUGAUCUACCCAACAAACUAUCCAAUGCAUUACCUGAUGAAACCGAUAUCAAGGAUUUAUAUGAAGAUCCUACAACUAAGCUUUUCUCCAAUAAAUCGAUAUCAAAGAAAUGCUUGUGCUUCUCUUUUCCACUGUUAAGCAUGAUCCUUGCUCCACAUAAUGAAAUAUUUGUUGUGCCGAGGAAGACGAAAGCACUCUGUAAGCUUGUGUUACCUCUCACAGAUAAGGAAAUGAUAACUGAAGAUGAUUUGAAGAGUUCUUUUUCAGCUCACGAGCUUCCUGAGUCAGUAUAUAAGUUAUCCUUUCAUCAGAAAUGGCUCCUUUCCAUUGGACAAGAUGGUAAAUGCAUUCUAAGACAGACUGAGAUGCCGCAACAAACACUUCACUGCAUCCCUCAUCAUUAUAAAAACAAAGGUGGAAGUCAAGUUAGCUCUACUACUGAUGGACAAUAUUUUUUAACAGCCGGUGACAAAGCAGCACUGACUUGCUGGGAAUGGGGAGAAAUAACCUCGCAUGGCAAAACCAAGUUGAACGAAGCUAUUCAAUUUGGAAAAGGAAAGAUACAGCAACUGAGCGAAGCAAAAGAAAUGGAAGAUGCUGUUCUUUCUAACCUUCCAGAGCUACGAGAGAAACAAGAAGGACAAGAGAAUGAGCAUACUUGGCUUGAGACUGCAACUGAACUGGCACACAAAGCUGAAGAUGAAAAAUACGAUGAACUAAAGUCUCAACUCAGACUUGAGAUAAACGCCCUAAGAGAAAAGGUUAUGUCCAUGAUUGAGACCAAUGAGGAACUGAAUGACCUGGAGAGACUUGAGAGAUCAGAGUUUAUCCUGGACACAGAAGAGCAUCAGAGACACCAAAGGGAAGAAGAAGAGAAAAUAUCUUCACUUAAGGAAGACAUAGAGCUAGCAAACUUGGCAAAGAUGUACUUGCACAAUCUGAUAAAGAAGCAAUGCUGGAAUGAGAUGACAGUUAAAGGAAAAGCAAUCAAAGCUUUUCAACAUCGCUUUGAAGUGACCAACUAUCCUCUGAAGGAGCAAAGCAAGGCUACACUUCAACUACUGGAGAGAGUGAAAACAAGGAGGAGGAUAGAAAUGGCUGAGCGAAAGAUUAGAGAGACAGUUUUGUCAGAUAAUAAAAUGACCUUAAAGUCACAAGUACCAGCUUUGGAUCUUGGGCUUGAAGAAGAAGAAGACACUAAGAAAGAUGAAAAGGACUCUGAGCCUCACACACUGGUCGGUAGUAGAGCCACUGAGCAUGGAGCCAACACUGAGUUCCUUUAUGAUCAGUUUGAGCUUCUCUCUCCUGUCACAAAGAGACAUCAGAUAGUCCUGCUUAAGGAAUGCUUAAGGAAUAUCAAGGAAAGUUUUAACAAGGAAUUUGAUGAGGUCUUGCAUCAAAAGACCCUUGAAAUAGCUCGCAUACAAGAAAAGAACAUUCGCAUUAGAAAGAUAUCAAACGACUUGAAGUUAAACGAGGAGAUAUUUGAUCCUAAACUGGACUCAGACGAAGAACCAGAGAGACUCCUCAAAGUGACGGACGAAGAGAUCGAGAUUGAGAAGUACUUAUCACCAGAAGAGAAGAAGAGAUUGGAGGAGGUAGCCAAAGAAGAAGAGGAAAGGAAAAGGAGAGAAAUGGGAGAUAAUUGGAGGGAGAGAGGUCUGGAUAUGAUGAUGGCUGGGAGGCUGGAGGCAAAUGCAGAAGAAGAGCUUUUUAAAGAUCUACCACGACCUGAUUUCAUGGCAAAGGAUGUAUCAGAAAUGUCAGAGGAUGAGAUCAGAAUGAAACACGAGUUUGAAAAGAAGGAGGCAGCCUGGCUGGAAGAGAGAGAGAAGAUGAAGAAAGCUUUAGAAGCAGAAAUGAGAAAGCAUCAGGAAACAAUAUCUCAAGGAGUGCAAGCUUUUGAUGAGAAAGUUAUGAAGUUGUUCCAACUUAAAGUAGCAACAGAGAAAACUGUUCUUGAGGAAGAGUUAAAGAUACUUAGAUUGUCUGCUUCUUUACUGGUUGAAGAAGAAGUAAGAAUGAAAGAAGAAUUGGUAGAAAAGAUGCUCGAUGAAAAUAAAAAUGCCAAAGCUUUAGUGACUAAUACUAUAUUAACUACAAAGAAGCAGAUAGAGGAACAUCAGGAAACAUACGAGCAAAUGAUGACUGAAGAUAAAGAGUUGGAGAAAAGUUUUAAGAAAGAUUUUGCUGAUUGUGAGCCUCACGUUGAUCAGCUUUUGAAGCUAUUCAAACGACGCCCAAGAGGUAUGAAGUUAAAAGCUGAGCCAGUCCCUGAAGUGAAGAGUGACAAUCCCAGCUCUGGUAGCAUCCAUGCUAGGCCCAGUGGAAUGAUGCCUAGUGUUGGUAGCAGUAAUUGGACUGUAGAGGAAAUGAUGAGUGAGUUGGACAGCCCUGCUAAUAUGCCCGAGGGACUCGAGCUCUACCAGUGGGAGAGGUUUACUGUAGCACGUCAUUAUAAAGUUGAAAGUGAAAGAAGAGUGAAAGAGAUGGCAAUGAGGCUAGCAGAAAUGAAUGCAUUCUUGCACAAGAGGGAAAAGGAGAGUGAGCAGUUUCAAAGUGACAUUCAAAACCACUUUGUUGAACUAAAUAAGCUGCAUGAUGAAAAGGCAGUGUCUGAUCUCAAUGCUGAGAUACAAUUAUUGCUGAAGCAAGGACAGGUCGAGAUAGACGCAUCAGAUUUUGCUCCAGAUUUCAGUAACAGUGUACUUAUACAUCGCAGUGGAGUUGAAGAACUGAACAAUCAAAUUAAAACUCUAGGUGAGGCAAAAUUGGCUCACAUGAUGGAAUGCAAGGAUUUUAAGAAAGGGAUUAGAAUGCUGGAAUGGGAACUGAAAAGACUGCGUAUGGAAGCAGAGGAUCUAACAAAUAAAGCUAAAGACAUUCAAAUGUUACGUGUAACCAAAGAGCUGCAGGAGAGACUCAUGAUGGAUAACAUACAAAGCAAAGAUGCACAUCAGAUCGAGACACUUGAGAAAACUAUAAAGCUCAAUCAAAAAAUUCAUAAGAAAAGGUUACGCAGUUUUAAGAAAAUCCUUGUCUCUCUCAAAGGCGACGUUGAUAAGAAGAAAUUUACCAACACUGAGCUGGACUUGGAGCUUGAAAAGAAAGCAGUUGAAGUUGUAGAAAGACAGAACAUAAAAGAUCUUGCAGAUGGAAGAGAUCUCACAGUUGACAGUGCUCAGUCAAGGAUGAAGGAUAUUGCCAGUCGAAGAAAGCUCGUUGAACUAGCAAAGACACAAGCUAAUGAGAUAAAGAUUUUACGCGAAGAAGUUGAGAGACUUCGAAUGAAGACCUUCCCAGCUCUUGUCCAAGUCCAAAACCUCUUUUAAAACAUGAUACACACUUGCAAACAAAAUAAUUAUAAUAAUAAAUAAUAAUAAAUAAAUUAAAAUAUAAUUCUAGAUCUAUUUCCAUUUUAAAUCACAAA